AUCCAUUUACUAUUAAAUUAACUUUGUUCUUCAUAUUAAAUUAUAAAAAUUCUAAAACAAACUCAAUAAAAUGAAGAAUUUUUGGCAACCAAUAAUUUUUGUUUUAAUCGGCUUAAUUCAUGAAAAUUCAGCAGAUGCCUGUGCUAAUUAUCUUGAAACAUCAGAAAUUCUACCACAGCUACCAAACAACUUCAGCUGCGUUUCAGACAACUGGGAAUCUUUAAAAUGCACUUGGGAUCCAGUUGAAAAUUGCAUUGCAACAAACUAUACCCUAUGUUACAUUAUAAAUAGGAAAAUAUAUCCCUGUCCUGAAAGAAAUAUCAACAGUUCCCAAAAUUUUUGUAUUUGGAAUAUGACAACUAUACCCAUGUACAGAAUGACAAUUGAAUACUACCGUUUCAUAAUGACUGUGAGUAAUCGUGUGGGUAAUUUAACAAAAAUUUAUAAUUUCCAUCACUUUGCAAAUGUAAUUCCUGCUAAACCUGAACAUUUAUCAGUAAUAAAUAAAACAUCAAAUAGUGCAUUACUAUACUGGUCUGUGCCUUUUCCAAUGGAAUUUUUUCCUCCAGGUUUACAUCACAAAAUAGCUUAUAAAAGUCAGUUAGACCCAAAAGAUACAUGGAAGGUAAUUGAAAUUACGGAUCAUGUGCAUCAAAAUAAAAAAUACUACAAUUUAACAGAUUUGAAAUAUCCAAAUAGUGCUUAUGACGUAAGAGUGUCUAUAAAAAGUGCGUUAGUAAAAGGCAACAAUAAAUGGAGUCGGUUUAGUGAUAUUACAUUCGAGACAACGCCAAUUAGUAAUUACUAACUGUGAUUUAUUUAUUUAAAUCUCGCCGACGGUAAAAAAUAAUUGACUUGUUGUUUCUACAAUUUAACUUUGAUGUUUAUCUUGUCUUUGCGACCAUGAUAUGUAACAACUAUUUGAAUAAAUAAAAAAAAAAUUAUCAGAA